UAAACUUCCGGGAUCUUAGACUGAACAUAAACAAAGGUGCAUGAUAAACAAAUAUUCAACAAAAUAGGUUCGAAAAUGUCGAAAGUCAGACGUGCCACGCAUGCAGGUAGCUGGUAUACAGACGAUGGAGCAGAGCUGAGUUCACAGUUGUCGGGUUGGUUAGCUCCAGCCAAACCUAUUCAGUCUCCAGCUAGAGCAAUUAUUGCACCACAUGCAGGAUAUUCCUAUUGUGGAGCCUGUGGAGGCCAUGCAUACAAACAAAUAGAUCCAACCCAUAUAAAACGUAUUUUUAUACUAGGACCUUCCCACCAUGUUAGAUUGUCUGGUUGUGCCUUAACUGCUACAGAAAAAUAUCAAACACCAUUAUAUGAUCUAGUCGUAGAUUCUCAAAUGAAUGAAGAGUUAUAUGCAACUGGACGGUUUGAAACUAUGAAAAUAGAUACAGACGAAGAUGAACAUAGUAUAGAAAUGCAACUGCCAUAUAUAGCUAAAGUAAUGGAAAGGAGGCAAGGUCAUUUUACAAUCAUUCCAGUACUUGUAGGGUCGUUAUCAGUGGAGAAGGAAGAAUUGUAUGGCAGAAUAUUUGCAAAUUAUUUGGCUGAUCCCGAGAAUCUCUUUGUUAUUUCAUCUGACUUCUGUCAUUGGGGUCAGAGAUUCCAUUAUACUUACCAUGAUCAAUCAUGUGGUCAGAUAUGGCAGUCCAUAGAAGCAUUAGAUAAAAUGGGAAUGGAUAUAAUAGAAUCUUUGAACCCAGCACAGUUUACUGAUUACCUAAAGCAAUAUCAUAACACAAUUUGUGGAAGGUAUCCUAUAGGUGUUUUAUUAAAUGCAGUGCAUGCUAUUACAAAAACUGGAAAUGGACAUAAAAUGUCAUUUAAGUUUGUUAAAUAUGCACAAUCCAGUCAGUGUAAAUCUAUGAGAGACUCGUCAGUCAGUUAUGCAUCUGGAGCGCUUGUGAUCGAAUGACGAAAAUUUUUCGUAAUAGUCACUACAUUUGCUUUCAUCACAUGAUGUGUGGACAAAACCUUUCCAUUCUGUUGCAUAUAUGUACAUGUUUAUUUGUGAUACUGCAAUAUUAUACAAUUUAACAUAAAAAUCAUAGUAGUUUUAA